CCUUAAAAAGGAAAAAGAGAAAGAAAACAACUUGGUUAUACAGUCGCGUCUCUCAAACGCAAGGGUCGUUGCUGGUGAGGAGCCAAAGCCUGUUAGCUGCUGCUGUCAAGAAGGCGCUGUUGGAGAAGUAGAUCGUCCUUCCACACUCUUUUUAUCAAUGGCUGAUCCCGAAUUGGAAGCAAUCAGACAAAGAAGAAUGCAAGAGCUUAUGGCUCAGCAUGGCAUGGGAAAUCAGCAAAACUCAGAACAGCAGAAGGCACAGGAUGAUGCCAAGAGAGAGGCAGAGGAACAACGGCAGAUGAUGCUUAGUCAAAUUUUAUCUACUGAAGCACGAGAAAGACUUGCUCGAAUUGCUUUGGUGAAACCUGAGAAGGCAAGGAGUGUUGAAGAUGUUGUACUGAGAGCUGCUCAAAUGGGCCAGAUAGCUGAGAAGGUUUCUGAAGAAAGGCUCAUAUCAUUGUUGGAACAGAUCAACAACCAAACAACUAAACAGACCAAAGUCACAAUUCAGAGGCGACGGAGUGUUCUUGAGGAUGAUGACUAAACUCUUGUUUGGAAAUAUGUUACCAUAUGUCACAGUACUUGUUGAUUGUAAAAUUGCAUAUGAAUAACUUGCGUGCUGGGUUGUUUUACUUAUGACUGUAUUUGUGCUUCUUUUGUGUUAUUGUGAUGCUAUCCUGUUCUUCUA